AUGGGAAAGGGAAAAAAGAAAGCCACUGAACCCUCUGCUCCCAUCGACGAGUCCUCAGAUGAGAACGAUAUGUCGUUUGAAGACGUGUUUGAACAUUACAAGGUUGCUGCUGCCUCCUCAGGCAGGAAGAAAGAUAGCAAGAGGACUCGGGGAGAGAGCAGUAAAACGGCCUCAAAGAAGGCCAAAAAUGAGGGUCCUUUAGCCGCUGUUCCUUCGAAGGAUCCCACGCCACCUCCAUCUCCACUCGACCAGCAGGCCUCAACGCCACCGGUCAAUCAGCAUUCCACUCCUCCAACGCCUUCCAACCAACCACAUCGCACUCAGCCCGAAGGCUCUCUGUCUAGCACCGUGGUCAACUCGGCCAGGGAGAGAAUAUACAAACUCUCCAAACACAAACCCAGUCAAGAGGCCAUCGAUGGUACCAUCUCCAUGGAGACCGACCAAAUACUAAAUCGGGGGCUGAAUGAGAUAGGAUUGCUGACCAUGACUGUUGGCUGGCUUCGUGGGGGUGCAAUGGUCUCCCAAACCAAAAACUUUGACACUAGGCUUGCUGAGGCAAUGAAGGCGCUGGAGGGAAAGAAUGCUGACUUGCUCGAGAAGAACACUGAACUAGCCAAGCAGAACGGUGAACUGCUUGAGAAAAACACAGAGCUGAACAAGCUAAAUGAUGGACUGCUUGAGCAGAAAGCCACGCUAACCGAGGAGCUGUUGGAAAACCAGGCCGCCCUAAACAAAGCCAAGGAAGAUAAAGAAAAAUUCAGGGAGAGUGCCAAUCUCAAUUACCAACAAUCCAAAUAG